ACCGCUUCCUGUGCCCGCCGGGCCUGCUGCCUCUCGGCCUGCCCUCCAGUACGGUACCUCCAUCCUCGGUGCCGGCAGCAGACGCUGGUUCUCUGGUUCUGCUGAGCUCCGAGCCCGGACCAUGGGCAGCGCAGGCUUCGUGGGAAGGGGAAAACGCCAGCUCUUUUCCCCCUCAACCUGGCUGCUCUGCCCUUCGUUAUGGGGCACUGGCGGGUGGAUUCCAUUCUCGGAGAAGCCUCAUUACUGUGGGAAUGGAUGGGCGAAAGUGGGUUGGAGACUUCCUGCAGUCUCAGCCAGCCUUGAGAGGGUGCGGCGAUGGUCACUUCUGUCAUUAUUGUCUCUCCAGUCCUUCAUGGACUAGAGGUUAGCGACCACAGAGUCGAAUAUAGUUUUCAAAAUCAUAAACAGAGCAGCUUUUCUACUUAAGGCUUUCAAAGCAUGGCCCGCGCUUCUGCUGUGGCCCUUUCUCAUCAUUUGGGAACGUUUAAAAGAAGACCUUAAAAUGAAGACAAUCUCAUCGCUUUUCCCAAACAAUGAGUUACAAGGCACUAAUAGUUCUGGAUCGUUGGGUGGUCUUGAUGUUCGCAGACGAAUUCCUAUAAAACUCAUCUCCAAACAAGCGAACAAAGCCAAACCUGCACCUCGAGCUCAAAGGACUAUAAACAGGAUGCCUGCAAAGGCACCAACUGGUGAUGAAGAAGGAUUUGAUUAUAAUGAAGAAGAACGGUAUGACUGUAAAGGGGGCGAACUGUUUGGAAAUCAGCGAAGAUUUCCUGGACAUCUAUUUUGGGACUUUAAGAUAAACAUCUUAGGUGAAAAGGAUGAUACACCAGUUCAUUUCUGUGACAAAUGUGGACUGCCUAUUAAAAUCUAUGGGCGAAUGAUUCCAUGCAAACAUGUUUUUUGCUAUGACUGUGCUAUUUUACAUGAAAAAAAGGGAGACAAAAUGUGUCCGGGCUGUAGUGAUCCUGUGCAGCGAAUUGAACAGUGUACACGAGGUUCUCUCUUCAUGUGUAGCAUUGUUCAAGGGUGCAAGAGAACGUAUUUGUCUCAGAGAGACUUACAGGCUCAUAUCAACCAUCGCCACAUGAGAGCUGGAAAACCUGUUACCCGGGCUUCGCUUGAAAAUGUUCAUCCUCCUAUUGCCCCACCACCAGCUGAAAUCCCUGAGCGCUUUAUAAUGCCACCAGACAAGCACCAUAUGAGCCAUAUUCCGCCAAAGCAGCACAUCAUGAUGCCACCACCUCCUUUGCAGCAUGUGCCACAUGAGCACUACAAUCAGCCACAUGAGGAUAUUCGUGCUCCUCCAGCAGAAUUGUCCAUGGCUCCACCACCACCUCGUUCGGUCAGUCAGGAAACCUUUCGUAUUUCAACAAGAAAACACAGCAAUUUAAUAACCGUCCCUAUUCAGGAUGACUCAAAUUCAGGUGCUAGAGAACCACCACCUCCUGCCCCAGCACCUGCUCACCAUCAUCCUGAAUAUCAGGGUCAACCAGUGGUUUCGCACCCUCAUCAUAUUAUGCCUCCACAGCAACAUUAUGCACCACCCCCCCCUCCUCCACCACCAAUAAGCCAUCCAAUGCCACAUCCUCCCCAGGCUGCAGGUACUCCUCACUUGGUAUAUAGCCAAGCUCCACCUCCACCUAUGACCUCUGCUCCACCACCAAUAACCCCGCCCCCUGGACAUAUUAUUGCCCAGAUGCCACCUUAUAUGAAUCAUCCUCCUCCAGGACCUCCCCCACCGCAACAUGGUGGUCCACCUGUAACUGCACCCCCUCCUCACCAUUAUAAUCCUAACUCUUUACCCCAGUUUACUGAAGAUCAAGGAACUCUCAGCCCUCCAUUUACACAACCAGGGGGAAUGAGUCCUGGUAUAUGGCCUGCACCAAGAGGGCCACCUCCUCCUCCACGAAUGCAGGGUCCGCCUUCUCAAACCCCACUUCCUGGACCACAUCAUCCAGAUCAGACAAGAUAUAGACCGUAUUACCAAUGAUAAUAGUGUUCUGAACUGAAGACAUGAGGGAAAAAAAUUAACUUACAGUCAGUCUUUUCAUUAAGCUUUGACUGUUUUGGGAAAGAAAAGUACCUCUUACCAGGGUGGCUAUAAAACACGUAGGGUCUUUUGUUUCUUAAAAUGGUUUUCAAUCUUGACCUUAGGAUUGAUUUCAAGUACUAUACUGUAGUGCAGUUAAGUGGCUUGGUUGAGCACAGCUAUAUUUUACCAACUUUGAUUCCCCCAGUGUGGUAAAUUGACUCAGAAGUGACCAUUUGUAAAAAUGAAAAAUUUUCAUUGUUCCACUUUCAUAAGUAUUGGGUAAACCCAAUGUUUAGUUUUUCUUGUGAUACAUUUUGUUAACCUGUGUAAAAGGAUUAAAUUUCAAUAUGGUUGUAAAAAUGCUAUUUUUAUGUGAAUUUAAGUACAGCCACAUACUGUUUUUUAAAAUCAUAUGUUUUACCACUAAUUUCCCAAAGUUAUAAUAAAAUCCUAAAAGUAGAAUUUGCUGUAAAGCAGACUGUUAAAUGAUAGAGAUUAUUUCACAUUUUAUGCACUGAAAUUUUGAGGUACAGUAAGUAUAUAAUACACUUCACUUGGAUGCCUUUUUGUGUUUAGGCAGCCUUAGGAACGCCAAAAUACAUCGGAAUUCCAGUACUAAGAUGUUGGUGAUGUUAAAAGACAUUCUGAUUAUUUGGGAAGAAACGGCCAAAGUAAUACUCUACAGGCUCCAAGCCGGCGGGAGGGGGGUUCUGUUAAUCAUUGCUUUUUUUAUUGAAUGGUUGGAAUCAUAUGAUGCACCACACUUACUAAUCUUACUUAACAUUAUUUUAUAGAACUGUUCAAAUGGUGUUAUUUAGAUGAAGUAUUUUCUCUGUUCAUUGUCUUAAGCUAAAUAUUUAGGGCUGAUAGGCUUUAUAUAAAUCCUCAUUUCAUGGUAGUUUAAUUCUGUGCUUAUGUGGGUUCUUUAUUGGGUUUUAAACUAAAAUUGAAAUGCUUUGGAGGAAUUUGAAUAAUGUAUUAAUGAGUUGUAAUCAAACUAGCAUUUGCUCAGGUUUCAUUGCUUGUGUGAAGGGUUUUUCCUAUAACUUGAAAUUUAAAAACUAUUAUUUCCUGUUCCUUUUUUUGGUCAGGUGGUCUAAAUUUGUAACAUUUUAGCAUUGCAUCAAUGAUGAUGACUACCAGAUAAUGUGAGAUUGGAGAAGAGAAAAGUAAUGACUAAAUUGUGGAUUUCAGUGCUUUAUAGGUGCCUUUAGAGUCAGCUUUUGCAUUAUAGGGGCUUGUUACAGUCCAGCUAAGGUGACCACUUACAGUUUAUACAGAUCUCAUAUGUAUAAAUCAACAUUCUUAGGAUAUUAUAUAUCCUUUGAAUAAAUCCCUGUGAACUCUUCCUCCCUCCUAAAAUGGUGCAUAAUAUAAACAUGAUGUGUAGUAUGCAGAUAUCAUUUAUUAGGUAGUUUGUAGUAUAUAAAAUUAGAACAUACUUCUUUUUCAACAAAGGGUUAACUGUUUGCUAAUUUACCAUUUUAUUCUGUCAGGUACAGGCAAAACAAAUUUUCAUUUUGGAUGAUCAUAUACACAACUUUCGGAACUUAGAACAGUUAAAAAUAAUAUAAAUGGCCAUUUCACUCUUGACUGGCCAAAAAUAAGUAAUACACUUUUUUCUUAAGUGAUUUUUCACACUUAGCAGUUUGAGAGACUAGUUUGUUAAUGCACUAUUUCUAGCGAGCAAUUCUUGUUAUUAGGAGCAUGAGAGUGAAAUAGUGUGAAGUGUUGGUGGUGAGUGCUUCUAUCAUAUUACUGUAGGUACUUGGACUGGUGCAAACUUGAUUCCUUUUCAUGCCCCUGUUUGGGAGCUGUUAAAAUAUUACUGUUAAAAAUCCAAACCAUUCUUUGCCAUGUAAUUAGAAAGUAGCCAAAUUUACUUUAGAGCUUCUCAGCUGUUUAUGAAGAGCUCUUCUGCUUUUAUUGAAAUUCAUUAGCAUCAAAUGUAGUGAGAAACCACCUAGCCUGUGUUUUGGACAAAAAAAAAAAAUCAGUAUGAUAAAAUUCCAUAUGUUAAGAGAAUUCUAUAGGCUUUAAAAAUGAUUUAAGUUAGGUUUAAUAAACAUGUUAUGCAGGGAGGCAGAUCAGAUGAAUGUCUUGUAGCAGACAAAAAUUUUUAAGUGGUGUUAGACUUGAAUUCAUCAGUUAAUUGUUUGAACGAGGGUGGGUGGGUAGAAGGAAAACAAAAUUACUGUUAGUGUUUCUUAAGGAAAAAGAUGUGAAUCCCAGCCUUAUUUCAGGGAAACCUUUGAAGCUAUGAUGAACAUAAUUCUAAAUGUAUGUAUGUUUCAUUAUAUUGCUCUUAAGACUACUGAGGUGGCAGUUUUAAUUCUUAAAAACAAUAAAAUGGAAGCAUAAAUACUAUUUGCCUAGAUGAAUUUUUACGUAAUGAUGAUACAUUUGGGACAAUGCAAGAUUUUUCAUGUUUAUGGUAAAGCUUUCUACAGUAAAAUUAGAUUCAUUAAAAAAGAAAACCCAGCAAGUUGAUUAUAUUUCUUUAAUGGCAAGUUUGUUCAGAGUAUAAUCAAUAUUUGGGGAAAGAGCCAUUGCAAAGACCAGAACAAACUUCAUUUUGCCCUGUAAAAACCACUCGCUGAAAAUUGUGUACUGAUCAGAUGUAAUAGAUAGAAAUAUAUUUGAUCAUAUUUUAAAAACCUACAGAAAAUGGCUAUUUACUAUAAAGUAUACAGAACUACUUUAAAAUUUUAUUCAGACUCAUUGAAGAGUAUGUUUCAUCUUUUUAAAAAUGCUCUAGUCUUUAAAUUAAAAAACAAAUCUUACAAGUAUGUGAAAAACAAAGUAUCUAAAGCAAAAACACUUCUCAGAUUACCCAUCAGAUUAUUGUAGAUUGAUGUUAAGUGUAGAUUGAAGUAACAUAAUCAUAUCCACACUUUAUCUUGAUUAAAAUUAACUUAUUUUUAUUUACUGAUUUGUAACCAGUUUGUUAAAAUAUGGCUUAGAAAUCAAGCAGAAUUGUUACAAUAACUGUACAAUCUAAUACAAUAUUGGAUAUCCUCAUCCCUAAAGAGGAAUUUGGGUUAAGCCACGCAAAAAUACAUGGUAAUGCUACUAAUAAAAACUGAUUUGGUUUUUUUUUGGGGGGGGGGUUGAGACAGGGUUUCACUGGCCUUGAAUUUGCAGUGACCCUCCUGCCUCAGACUCCUGGGUGCUAGGAUUUCAGGUGUGUGCCACUGCACCUGGAUUCUGAUUUGGCUAUUUAAACACCUGUUUUGAUUCAUGGCCCCUCAGUUUAUCAUCAUGAGAAAAAGUGCUUUAGGGUAAAAUGCUUAAUAUUUUAUUGCUAAAUUUUUCCCAUCUAUCUUUAAAAAUUAUGGGUUUUUACACAUUAUAGAAGCAGGAAUUUGACAUGAACACUAAGCCGUGGCUUCAUUUCUCAUACAGGACCAUCUUUUUGCAGAAUCAUUCAUUCUAAAAUGUUAUUCUGUGACAAUAUCCUAAUUCUCUUUUGUGCACUGUUGUCAAUACUAACCUUCAUAUUGCAUUUAAGCCCAUUUUCUAUUCUGCCUUUAAAAUUGUUUGUCUUCAGAUAGAAAAAUGUUCCCUUUUGUUUUGCUUCUGGGUACUUUCAGAAUCUUUUCUUUUUAAAUUUGUACUCAUUUUCAGUUACCCAAGUAUGAAGUCUUGUGGAAAAAAAUGUAAUAUUACAAAUAAAGGUUAAGAUUUCUUCA